AUGCCGGGAAAUGAGGCGUCAACGGGCUGUGCUUCUCCUCGUGUCCAAGCUUCUGCAACGCCAGCUCUCUGCUCCCGCAGUGCUCGGCACGGAAUAGGUAGGAAGGCACCAUGUAGCCAACUUCAUCCAGUGCGUGGUUACUCCGACCAUUCCAUCUAG